AUGGUGCCCCUGCUGCUGCUGCCCCUGCUGUGGGGGGGGUCCCUGCAGCAGCCACCACGCUAUGAGAUCGAAGUGCAGGAAUCAGUGACGGUGCAGGAGGGUCUGUGUGUCCACGUGCCCUGCUCCUUCUCCUACCCGCGGCGUUCGUGGUCUUCCUAUAGCAACCUCUACACCUACUGGUACCGGGACGGGGACAACAUAAACCGUGCUGAUCCUGUGGCCUCAAACAACCCAGAUAAACCAGAGGAUACAGAGACUAAAGGCCGCUUCCUCCUCGCGGACCCCAUGACCAGCAACUGUUCCCUGCAAAUCAGAGACGCCAGGAGGAGUGACUCAGGACGCUACUUCUUCCGAGUGGAGAUAGGAAAUUUUGUGAGAUAUAGUUACCAAGAGAAGAUGCUGGAUUUGCAGGUGACAGCCCUGACAGAGAAACCCCACAUCCGGAUGAGGGAGCCUCUGGAGUCUGGGCGCCCCACACAGCUGGCCUGCAGCCUGCCAGGGGCCUGUGAAGGGGGACGACCUCUCACCUUCUCCUGGGUGGGAGCCGCUGUGGACUCGCUGGACCCCCAGAACCUCAGCUCCUCGGUGCUCACCUUCACUCCAAGGCCCCGGGACCAUGGCACCAACCUCACCUGUCAGGUGAAACGGGAAGGAUCCCAGUGGAUCAUGCAGAGAACCAUCCGGCUCAAUGUGUCCUGCAGCCCGCACUCCAGCAGAUGUGUGACUGAGGAGCAGCAGGGCUCCUGGCCCCUGGUCCUCACCCUGAUCAGAGGGGCCCUCAUGGGGGCUGGCUUCCUCCUCACCUACGUCCUCACCUGGCUCUACUACACCAGGUGUGGAGGCCCCCGGAACAGGAGGGCAGAGCUCCUGAUGGAUCCUCCCUUCCUCUCAAGAUGGACUGAGGUGUGGACACCAGGCUACAGGGACCGUCCUGGGACGUCCAUGUCACCAUCUCCCUGGAAGUUCUUGACUCACCUGCCUCCAAUGUGCCAGUGGGGUUUCAGUGUGUGGAAGUGA